AUGCCUAAGAACUUUCGUGAAGGUAUAAUCGAAGUAGCAAAAAUGUUUAAAAAUCAUGACUUCAUAUGGAAGGUUGAUGAAGGCGACGUGAUUCAAGGUGUUCCGAAUUUACACACCUUUAGCUGGGUUGCUCAAGCAGCCCUUAUAGCCCACCCUAGUCUGCGAUGUUUUGUUUCACAUGCUGGCAUCAACAGUAUCUUGGAGUUGACAAGAAUAGGAAAGCCGUCAAUACUGGUUCCGCUUUUCGGCGACCAACUCAGGUCUGAAGUGUUACCUGAAAGUUGGCUUUGGAAAAUAGACGCUACACUAUCGCAAUACAGUCUGGUGCUUGCUCCAAUUGCUUUUAGAAAUGCGUAUCUCGUGGCAGCGAAAAACACGACCAUUGUGAUCGCGAAGGAGGAAUUUAAUCGUGAUACUUUGGCCACUGCUCUUCAACGAGUGCUCAGCGAUAAAGGGUAA